CGUAGAUACAAUGAGGGUUUUAUGGUUUUUCCUUGCCUUUUUUGGAUUUACUUUGGCCGAUACUUUCUAAAAAAAAUACAGAAAGAUAAAGUCCAUUUUCAACUGAAGACACCUCACGGCAAACCCAGCCCUCGCGAGGUGAAAACUAUGCUGAAAAAUCUAAAUUCGGCCUUGGAUGAACUACUGGAGAAAGACAUCAAAUUCGACGGGAGCAACCAGGGGAAGCCUGUACACAUCAGCAGAAAUUUAGAUAGCGAGGUUGAUGUGGUAAAAGAGCAACUAGCAGACAUAUUUACCAGUAUUUUGAAAUACAAAAAUGUAGAAGUUAAAGGUGAAAACGGUGACUAUGAUGAUGACGAUGAAGACGAUGACUAUGAUGAUGAUUUUGAAGAACAGGAGGCUGAAGACUAUCGUAAUCUCUUUAGAUUUGUUCAAAAGGUUGCGCAAAAGAAUCAGAUAUCUAAAGUUGGGGUGAUAAGAAUAUUCACGAGAAACCAAUUUCCUGACAGAACACCGUACGAGAAAUAGUGAACUUUUAAACCGGCUCAGUGAAUUUCCCACACGCCAAUUUGAAGCCUACAUUAUC